UCCACUUGUCCAUAGCCUUCCCUUAUCAUCCAUAAUUCCACACCUAAAAGGUCAAACCUCAAGAAAAACCCUCAUCCACCACCCACCUCCAUCUCCGGCCACCGUCCUCCGCCUCCCCAAUGACCCAAUACGGCACAAUCCCAACCUCAACCUCCACAAAUCUCGACUACAUCUCCUCCCGCGCCAAACAAAGACUCAAAGAAGGCCUCGCAACUCGCAGAUCAUGGAAACAAAUGUUCAACUACCACUCCUUCAAUCUCCCCAAAACAUUCCAAGAAUCACUCACUCGAAUGAAGACGAACACCGUUUAUUUCCGCAUGAACUACGCGAUCAUCGUCUUGGUAAUCUUGUUCUUGAGCCUUCUAUACCACCCGAUUUCAAUGAUCGUGUUCGUAGUGAUGGCUGCAGCUUGGGUAAUCUUGUAUUUCAUGCGAGAUGAGCCGCUGGUUGUUCUUGGAAGAUUGGUUGAUGAUCGGGUCGUGAUGAUUGUUCUUGCGGUUUUGACUGUAGGGUUCUUGAUAUUGAGUGGUGUCACUUUGAAUGUUUUGUCGUCGCUGUUGAUCGGCGUCGUGGUUGUGGUGGUUCACGGGGUUGUUAGGAAGACCGAUGACUUGGCGGUGGAUGAGGAGGAGGAGGCUACUGGGUUGUUGAGUAGUGCUGCUUCUGCUGCUCAUGUUCUUCUUGGCCAUGGUUCUGUUCCUUCUUCUUCUUCUUCUUGAUUGAUUAUUAAUUUAUUAUGUGUGAUUGAUCCUUAAUUUUAUGGUUUGGUAUGUUUGUUUUUGAUUAAUUGAUGUUAUUGUUUUUAGA